UCGUCUUAUGCAUUCAUGGGAUUGAUGAAAGUCAUCCAUCAGCAGAGAGCACACUAAGCUGCUCAUAGAAGGCGACCAUUCAGGCACACACGACUCGAGACUACACGCUCCGUCUUCCCUGUGAAUAAACACUCACACAGGGCGUCCCAGCCAGAUACUAUCUGGCAAGCAGACCGUCACCUUGAGGGACAGGCAGGCAAGACAAGGCCAAGCUACUUCGUCCAGUACACCAGCCUGCCUGGCUCCUGCCGUACACACACAGACCAGCAUCCCGCCAGCACCAGUCCAACAGACAGAUAGGCGCGCACGUCCCCUAUCCGCCCGCCCCUAGGUCGUCAACAACUGCUGCGUGCUUGUCUCCUCGUCCUCUGAUUAGCAUUUCAGGCUCUCUGAGCUGGCUAUCGUCCGAUACUCUCAACAAGAGGCUCAUACGGCAGGAAGGUCCGGCUCGCGAUUGGAGUGGAACGUCCAGGGCAAACUUUUGCAUUUUCCAAGCAUCGGAAAAUGGAGCGUAUAUCUCACCACUCAUGUGAAGGGAAGGAUCUACCUCCAACUGAACGCAGGAGCGCAGCAGGGAUGGCAUGAUACCAACACCUGUUCGCCAACGUACCUCUGUGAUUGAUGCAUAUGUGACGCCCCAUCGCGGGAACUGCACUCCAGGGGCGAGGCAACGUGUUAGGUUACACACAUUGCAGUUGUGGGCCACGAGCAGCACUGUGUCAUCCGGGUGGGCAGCCAGGAUGGCCCUCAUCACCUACAGGCAAAGAAUGUAUACAACCGGAGACCACACAGAUAUACGUUUGCUCGCUCUCUCGUGCAUGCCCACCUUCUGGCACCUCAUGUAGAAGGCUUCAUCCUGAACAUACAUACGACGUUAUGCGCAAAUACGAAUGAUUGCACAUCAUCACUACCUGUGGCUGUACUGCUGACCCACCUCACCGUUUCUGGGAAUGCGGGCACGUCCGUCUUGGUUUUGUGCUGAGGAUCGAUAAGCGGCAGGGUCUUGAUGAGCUGCGAUGGGGCCAACAUCUUGGGCAUGGGGUCACCGCCACCCUCAGCAGCUGACCUGAAGACGUUUGAUGCAAUUGAUGCAAACAGACGGGUCGGAACACAGGCCAUGAUUGACGUGUCGUUCCCACCGUUGUGUUCUCUACGUACCUUUGUGCGAGUCCCGGUUCGAUGCAGACGCGCACUGUGCCGCCCAGAGCUGUUGCCGCGCUGUGCGCAGUGCACACGCAACGGAUGUAGGGAGAGCUGUAGAUCACAGAGAUACCUGCAGCAAUAUAUGAGAAAAGCAAGAAUGCCUGCUUCAUGCCUGAAUAUACAUACACACAUGUCUUCCUUACCCUUGCCCCGCAGCGCCAUUCCCAUUUCGUAGGCCUACACCAAGCACACACACAGACAGGAAGAGCGACGUUGCCCUGAGAGCCAUCCGCCUCUUGUUCAUUUUACGCAGUACCUGUCGGUGGCCACGUGCAGUGAGCAAGAUAUCUUCGGGCACAGCAGACGUGGUCGGCUCGACGUGGUCGAUGCGCUCGCCGUGACGGCAGAGGAAAAGGCGAGGCAU